GCAAUGUGGACGGUGAAUCCGCCAUUUUGCAUAGCUACGUUUGCGUUGCUGUAAAGUGCGUCGCAUAUUGUGUUAAAAUUGUAGUUACAGCUUAUCGCAAGCGUGUUUAAAAAUAUCAAUCUGUGAUAACUAUCUGUUAAGUUUAAUAAUAAACGUAAUUCUUGUUAAUUUAUUUCGUUUUUAAGUGUCAGUGACUCGUGAAAAUGGGCAGGAAGAAGAAGAAGGCAUCUAAGCCAUGGUGCUGGUAUUGCAACAGGGAGUUCGACGACGAGAAGAUUUUGAUUCAACACCAGAAAGCGAAGCAUUUCAAAUGUCACAUUUGUCAUAAGAAAUUAUAUACGGGUCCGGGCUUGUCUAUACACUGCAUGCAGGUCCACAAGGAAGCCAUAGACAAAGUACCAAAUUCGUUACCAAAUAGGUCAAAUAUAGAAAUAGAGAUUUAUGGUAUGGAAGGUAUUCCACCUGAAGAUAUAAGGGAGCAUGAGAAGCAGAAAUCAGGUGGAGGUAAAGCGUCUGACAGUGAAGAUGACGAGCCUGCUGCAAAGAAAAAAGCUACUCCCGCUUUAGUAAGUGCGGGACCUUCAGUGACCCCAGGUAUCCUGCCGACACCUAUGGGACCUGGCAUGCCAGGAAUGUACCCUGGACACAUGCAGAUGAAUCCGAUGAUGCCUCCCUUCAUGCAGGCACAGGCUAGACCCAUGACUAUAUUUGAACAUGACACCCAGAAGUUUUUAAGAAUGAUGAUGCCCGGCAUGCGGCCGCUGUUCCCCGCGGCGAGCGUGGCGGUCUCCACGCCCAGCAAACCCACUUUCCCCGCUUACAGCAACGCGACGAUAAGCGCCCCGCCGACCACCUCGGCCUCCCACGACCCUAAGGAGAACGGCGACGUGAAGCCCCCCGCCGCCAACGCCUGCCCGCUCGUCACCGCCACCGGCGCCUCCUCCAAGAUCAUCCAUCCCCCCGAGGACGUCUCGCUGGAGGAGAUCCGCGCCCGCCAGCCCCGCUACCGGCCCAAGCCCAAGGAGCCGUCCCACCACCACCCCCACCACCACCAACACCAACACCAGUCCGCGCCCACCAUGGUCACGCCCAGCACCAGCCAGGCUGAGGUAAGCAUGGUGCAGGCGCACAUGAACGCGGCCGUGGCGGCGGCGGCGCGGCAGCACCAGCAGGCGGCGGUGCAGGCGCAGGCGCAGGCACAGGCGCAGGCACAGGCGCAGGCGCAAGCCAUGCGGCGGCCCAUGAUGCAGCCCGUGCACAUGCUGCAGCAGCCCGUGCGCGUGGGCGUGCCCGUGUCCAUGCCGCCCGUCAUGGGCGUGCUGCCGCUGCCGCAGUUCAACCUGGUGCGCCAGCUCCAGCCCGGGAUGCUGUUGCCCGGCAUGGGCGGCAUGGGAGGCAUGGGCGGCAUGGGUGGCAUGGGCGGCAUGGGCGGCAUGGGCGGCAUGAUGCCCAUGGGCGCCAUGUUCCCGGGCGGCGUGCCGGGGAUGAUGAUGCAGCAUCGGUUCCGAUAGCGGCGCCCCGAUCGACUCGCUGGCUGAACAUAAGGCUGGGUCGGCCCGCGCCGACAGCAAGCGCAGGUAGGCGCUCGAUAGUACUUAUUAUACGUCCGCUUGACGAUUGUGUGUCCAAUGCUCUUGCUAAUGGGUGACGGGAUACUUACAAGGUAAGACGCACGCACACGCGAGCGCGCAACGGACGAGGACGCAAACCACAUAUGCCAAUUUAGUUUUAAUGAAUUAUUUAUUUAGUUCUUAUGUGAAAGGCGUGAUUUCGAGAUAUAUGAUGGACUAUUGACUAAGCUAAUUAUGGCAAUUAAAUCAAUUUGAACGCUACCCAUGUUAACCCAUUAUCAUUUUGACUAAAAUUCUCAUGUGUCAAUUUCUAACUUGAAACUUUUCGAUCUACUUCGAAAAGCGUUAAUAUGUCCAUAUUGGACGAUUAGUGCGACACGAUUAUUUAUUUUGUAUUAAAUUAGACAUAAAUCCAAAUUCCGUUGCGUGCGUCGCGCCAAACGUUAGCGCUAGCGUUUUCGCGGAGCCGAUACAAACGGCAACAAAAGUUACGCGAGCGAAGUGCUUAAAAUGAUCUUUAAGCUUCUUUUUCACAGAUAACUAAGUGAAAUUUACAUACAAAUUGGUCACACUAUACUAGUCGCAAUACCAAUUGGCGACUGAAGUCGUAUUGCUAUCACUUUCAUGCUUGUUCACGCUAUUGAAAGGGAUGGCAUUAUAACUUCAGUCGCCACUUUGUACUGCGACUACUAUAAACCGUGUCAAUUGUAAGUAAUCGCAGCGCAGCUCUGUUGAAAAAGCAGCCGUAUUCUCUAUACAUUAAAGUCGCUUUCAGCUCUUAGUUCGUGCCACUGUUGCUGCUAUCGUCCCUCCCACUAGCGUAGAUGAGGGACGCGGCCGCGAGAAACUUGGCAUGCUAUCGAUGUGAUAUCGAAACGAACCAUCUGUCCAUAGACUUGUUAUUUCACCUAACCUCGACGCACUUACGUCAUAUGGUACGUAGAAACUUAUUUCGGUUAUUGGCUGUGCUGCAAUGUCUCCAAAGCAAUUAACAGGAAUCAUUCAUGUAUUAUCAGGUGAAAUUAUGUAACGAGACUAAAAUACACCACUGAGAUAGAUCAAGAAACAAGUUGAUUUGAGUUUUAAAUGAUACCAUCAUCAACACAGUUAACUCACUAUUCGUAAACCUUAUUUUAAAGAGAUAAGGUCUACAUUGGUCAGUUAAGUGCGUUGCUGUUUUAUCGAAGAUACCAAUUCAAACUAAAAGCGUGUAUAAGACCUAAAAGUCAAGAUCUGAUGUUAGUUUCGAUAGCACAUACUCCUGAGCCCGUAUACGGAUAGCGUUAAAGGCUGGUUCCAUGGACGUUUCACCAUUUUACGUGUGUUGAUCACAUUGGUUAGAUUGUAGUCUAUUGACAACACCAAUUUUUGUACUUUCUAACAUGGUCAGUGGGUAAUUUCAAUGGAUUUUUCGACCACAAUUUGCUAGCGCAUUUCGGCUGCUUUUCUAAAAUCUUGAUGAUAUUUUUGAUUGUUUUGUAGAAGCCUUUGGCACUUGCAAUUCUUCAAAAUUGUCUGGCUAAGGAAAGUUGUUGUAUGCGACCACACAUUGUGGGGAAAAACUCUAAAACGCCUCCAAUUAUAGAGUGAUAUAAUCAACCAAUAGAAUAACGCCGUCACGGGUAGACAUCGUCCUCGGCACCAGCCCUAGGGUAGGUAGGACAGGUGACUCGCUCGCCACGGCGUGGCUGGGCCGCCAGUUCCCUGCUCGAGCAGGCGACGCGCUGUCACAACGACUGUUGUUGGAUUGACGGCCCCCUGUCUCACAUUAUUACCUACCAUACUGUUAGUAAGGAGCGCUGUAAGGACUAAGAUUCGUUAAUGUUAUCUGCCUUGAAACCAUUUUUUUCUUAAGCAUUUCCAUUAUGAAGUUGUGAUGUUUGCCUAAUCUUGUAGAAUUUUGACUAUUUUACCGAAUAAAUGCGCUGGAAUUUUA